AUGGAAAUUUCAACCAAUUUUAAUACAGAGAACACUUUAAAUACAAUUACCACAUAUACAUCUUUAGGUAUAUUGAUCUUUAAUUUUUUCUUUUCAUUUUUAAUAUUUUUCUAUUUUCACAAAAGUUUAAAGUUGAAAAUGGCUUAUAAUUAAUAGUGGAAAGAAUUAAUUAUCAAGUAAAUCUAUAAUAUAAAUAAUAUUUAUAGUUUCUUAAAAAGACCUUAUUCAUGA